AUGUGGUUGGAAGAUGAGGAUGUUGACGGCGAUAGUGGUAGCAGCAAUGAAGAAGAGGAUAUCCAACGCAUGAUCGAGCAGUUCUCGGCAGAGCAAAAGGCUGAGAGUGGCAAAAAUUCCUCCAAGAAGAAACAAGGAACCAAACGACAAGGCAACCAGAAAUCCAAAAAGAAACACAGGCCGAACUCUCUGGAUGACCUUCACGAGAAACUCGGCCAGCUUACCGCUCGACUGGAAAAACAAGGUGUCUUUAUACCACCAUCACUGGACGAUGCUGAUGAUGAUGGCAGAUCUGGCAAGGUUUGGAGCAAUCGAAACUAUGGUGCCGACAAGAAGCGACAACGGAAAGAGGCAGAACGAUUUUUUCUCAAAAGGCGAAUAGAACAGUUGGAGAAGUUGUGCCAGAAGCACAACAUGGAAGGGAAUGAUUGUAGGUGA